GGCGCGCGCUGCGAUAUGGGCCCGCUGCGGGCCGCGGCCGCCCGCGGGCUCCGAAGGGGCGGCGGCAGGAGGGCGGCCUCCGCGGCCCGGGAGGGCAGCAAGGCCUCGGCGGCCUGCGGAGGGCGCCCUGCUCCGCCAUCCGCGCUGCAUCUCUUCGGGGACCCCGCUGAGGUGGAGGCGUUGCGGGGCAGCCUGCUGGCUUGGUACGACAAAUGCAAGAGGGACUUGCCCUGGAGGGCGCUGGCUGUAACUGAGAAGGAUGUCAACAGACGGGCUUAUGCAGUGUGGGUGUCGGAGAUCAUGCUCCAGCAGACGCAGGUGGCUACGGUGAUCGACUACUACAACCGCUGGAUGCAGAAGUGGCCGACGCUGCAGGCACUGGCAGAGGCGUCGCUGGAGGAGGUGAAUGAGCUGUGGGCAGGACUCGGCUACUAUUCACGAGGAAAGCGCCUGCAGGAGGCAGCGAGGAAGGUGGUGUCCGAGCUGGCCGGCCAAAUGCCCAGGACAGCCGAGGACCUGCAGAAGCUUCUGCCAGGAGUGGGCCGGUACACGGCAGGAGCCAUCGCUUCCAUCUCCUACGGGCAGGCGACCGGCGUUGUGGAUGGGAACGUGAUCCGUGUCCUCUGCCGCCUGCGCUGCAUCGGCGCUGACCCCAGCAGCCCGGCCGUCAUCGACCGCCUCUGGGCCAUGGCCAAUGCCUUGGUAGAUGGGAGCCGCCCGGGGGAUUUUAACCAAGCCCUGAUGGAGCUGGGGGCAACCGUGUGCACGCCCAAGGCGCCGCUGUGCGGGGAGUGUCCCGUGAAGCAGCACUGCCGAGCGAGGCUCAGGGUGGAGAAGGAGCUGGCCUUGGCCUCUCAGAAGUUAUUGGGAAAACUCCCCGCGGUGCCUGAUGUCGAGGACUGUGGUGUUGGGGGCUGUCCCUUGUGCCCCCCAGCCGCAGAGCCGUGGGACAGCAGCCUGGGGGUGACCAACUUCCCCCGCAAAGCAGCGAAGAAGCAGCCGCGGGUGGAGCAAACGGCCACGUGCGUGCUGGAGCGCAGGGGCUGCCGCGGGGCCCUGGAGUACCUGAUCGUGCAGAGACCCAGCUCGGGGCUUCUGGCCGGGCUCUGGGAGUUCCCCAGCGUCCCGCUGGCUCCAGGUCUGCAGCAGGAGCAGCAGCGGGAGGUGCUGCUGGAUCACCUCCAGGCAUGGACAGGGCAGCCUGUGCCAGCGGGCAGCUUGCGGUUCAUUGGGGAGGUUGUCCACAUCUUCUCUCACAUCCACCAGACCUACGUGGUUUACUCCCUGUCCCUGGAUGGGGACGUGACCCUGGACCUUGCCUCAUGCCCGUCCCGCUGGGUCACAGAGGAGGAAUUCCGUGCCUCGGCUGUGUCCACAGCCAUGAAGAAGGUGCUGAGAGCGUGUGAGCGGCAGCGCGGGGAGGAGAGCGGCCGCGCCAAGGGCUCCAAGCGGAAGCGGGGGGCGAAGCCAGUGGGCAGCACCCGCCCUGGGACACAGCUCUCCCUCCGCACCUUCCUCCGGGCUCCAAACCCGCCGUGAUGCCUUCUGUGAUAGCUGGGACCACCAGGGACCCACGCCGUGCAGUGCCCUGUGCCUCCUUCCAGCCCCGCGGCCACCAGCACAUCACCUGCCUUCACGGGGGGACCAGCGUGGUGCUGGAUGUGACCCAGAGCCGGGCUCGCCUUCCCUGCUCGGCUGAAGCCCUCCUGGGCACUGACCCACGGCCGCUGAAGGAUGCUCGCACACGUCUGCAACUCGGCCACCAGCCAUCAGUUGUGGAUGCUGCUGUACCCUCAUGCCUCCCCUAGCCCUUUUCAUACUUGUUUUUACUGAAUCUAAGCCAUGGGCUUUCUAAUAAAUCUCCAAAGGUGGUGUUUUUACAUUAA